ACGCCACUUCAAACUGCGUCGAAUGUUGGGCAUGUACCACUAGUGGAGCUUCUACUUGAUUUGGGAGCGGAUGUCAAUUCAACAGCGUGCCCUGGGGGUAAGACGGCGCUAUCUGCCGCUGUUGAGGCAGGUCACGCCGAGGUUGUCAAAAUCUUACUUGCCAGAGGCGCUCAGGUUGAUGCUUUCGGUAAUCAUGAGUCCGAGCCGCACGUUACGUGCCUGAUGGCAGCAGUCAGGCGAGGCGAUGCUAUGCUUGUUCAAAUGCUACUAGAAAACGGGGCAGAUCCUGAUUUGUUAGUUGUGGAUUCUUUUGGCUUUUCAAUAAUUGAAAUCGCCGAGGCUUUCCCUGACACUUCAAGGAUUGAGGCAAUUCGUGGCUUCUUCAAAUAUGAUGCUCAACCCGAAGUCAGCUUGGCAGUUGUGAAUUUACUGUUGGAGAGAAAGGCGGAUAUCAACGCUCCACCGUCUUAUGAUGGCAUGGGCAUGACAGCACUCCAAUGGGCAGUUCAUGGGAACUUUCUGCCUUUGGUUCGUCGUUUAAUCAAUCUUGGAGCUGAGAUCAAUGCAGUCUCGCCCGACGCUACAUACGGAGGGACAGCGAUACAGAUUGCAGCAAAGGAUGGCCAUCUUGAAAUGGCGUAUCUAUUGAUUCAUCAUGGCGCAGAUGUCAAUGGAGCAAGUCACAACUUUCCUUAUGAUGAAGAAGAGACAUCUGCAAUAGACCUUGCAGCAAGAGAAGGACGACUCGACAUGGUGCAACUUCUUAUCAAUGAGGGUGCAGAUACACAUCUGCCAGGAAGCAAAAGAUACCGGAGAGCCGAAAGACUUGCUGAGAGGGAGGGGCACGUUACGGUUGCUGAUCUCCUUAAACACUAUUUUGAAGAUGCAACCUGGGAUUAAAGGUCUAGUGGUAAAAGCGUGCCCUCUUACUUCCGACUUCUCUGGUGAUGAAGGUGCAUAGAAGAAAUGCAUGGAUAAAGGUAAUUAAGUGAAAGACCGCACGACAUCUGGGUCUGUUAAUAAUGUUUUGUCGUUCUUCGGAAUUUUGAUUCCUUUUUAAUGCUUGUAAGAACGAAAUUAGUUGCUAUGAUUCAAUCUGC